AUUCGAUUUUCACACACGCCCCUAUCUAUAUGGUCCCUCUCUCUCCUCAGCACUAAUUCUUUGGAGAAUUCCAGAGAAUAUCGUAAGCCGCCGUGCGCACAACCCACGCCAUCCUGAUCGUUGCAGGUUACAACAUUCAAUUUCCUAGAUUGUAAGGUUUCUCGCGCUACUUAUCGCAGAUUAAGGAGAAUGGCGGGCCAUAAGAUUGCUCAUGCCACCUUGAAAGGUCCUAGUGUGGUCAAAGAGAUCUGCAUUGGGAUUGCACUUGGACUGGUUGCCGGGGGCAUGUGGAAAAUGCAUCACUGGAACGAGCAGAGAAAGGUCAGGGCAUUUUAUGACCUGUUAGAGAGAGGGGAAAUCAGUGUUGUUGCAGAAGAAUGACUGGUUCCAUUCGCUUUGAUUCUAUGGAUAGUGUUUUUUUCAACAGUAAUUUGUUCUGAUCGGUUCCGUCACCUGACCUUUGGAUCUAAGAUGCACAUGAGCAUUCUUGGUUUGUUUUGGUCAGGGGAUAAAUAAAUUUCUGAUACUGUUAUCAUUGUUUUGCGUAGAUUUUUCCUUUGCCUCAAUUUUCAUAUAUGUGGAAUGAUUUGGAAGGAUGCCAAAUGUUUCAGGAAUUAUCUCUAGCCUUUGAGCUUGUUUAUGAAUUGUUAUCACCUUGGUGGAACUAGAGAACAAUUCAUUACUUUGUUAAUAAUUUGAGAUUUACAAACAAUUUUAUUGA